AUGGUGGGCAACAAGGCCAGUAAUCGCUUAACUCCCGCAAAAUCUUCUAUCGAGAAGAGUAAAUGUGACUACUUGACCAACAAUGUAUCUGAGAGCUUUAAUGCUCAGAUCAGGCACAUGAAAGGACUGUUGCUGCACGAAUUGGUUGAUGGCCUGAGAGAGCUCAUCAUGGAGAAGAGGUUUUUGAGGAGGAAGAUUGCUAGGAAAAUGCUUGACGGUAUACUCCCUACUGUCAUGAAGGAGUUGAAUGCUAUCAGCAAUAAUCUCAAAGUGGUUAAGGUAUCAAGUAGUGAUGAAGACAUGGCCGAAGUGACACUUCUGGACAACUAG